UAUAUGCAAAGAAAUUGAGAGUACUAAGAGAAGAAGUAAGGAUGAUGUUUAACAAAAUGGAAAAUGAGGUUGAUCAACUUGAGUUUAUUGAUGUGUUGCAAAGGCUUGGAGUUGAUUAUCAUUUCAACAAUGAAAUAAAGAACAUGUUGGACAAUAUUUAUAACACACAAACAUUCAAGUUGAAGACCAACUUAUAUGACACAUCACUCAAGUUUAGACUCUUAAGGCAACAUGGUUAUGAUAUAUCUACAGAUUUUUUUGUUUGCUUUAAAGAUGAAAUGUGUGAUUUGAAGAUAGACCAACCAAUUGAUGUUGAGGGAAUGUUGUCAUUGUAUGAAGCCUCGUUUCAUUCAUUCGAAGAUGAAAUUAUAUUGGAUGAAGCAAGAGAUUUCACAAUAGAGUUUCUCAAAGAGUAUUUAAACCAACAUGGAGACAAUGAUAUUAUGUCUCUUCAAAUAAGUCAUGCUUUGGAGCUUCCACUACAUUGGAGAAUUCCUCGAUCGGAGGCUCAAUGGUUCAUCAAUAUAUACGAAAGACAGCAAAAUAAUAAUAGUAAUGUUUUACUUCAGUUUGCUAAAUUGGAUUUCAACAUUCUUCAAAGCAUCUACCAAGAAGAACUUAAGUAUACAUCAAGAUGGUGGAAAGGAACUGAAAUUGGAGAAAAGUUGAGAUUUGUUAGGGACAGAUUUGUUGAGAAUUUUGUUUGGAAUGUGGGAAUGAAUUUCAAGCCAGAAUUUGAAUAUUUUCGAAAAGUUCUAACAAAGGCGAAUGCCUUAAUUACCACAAUUGAUGAUAUUUAUGAUGUAUAUGGUACCUUGGAAGAGUUAGAGCUUUUCACAGAAGCAAUUGACAGAUGGGAUCUAAAUGCCAUUGAUUCCCUACCAAAUUACAUGAAAAUAUGUUAUCAUACACUCUAUAGCUAUGUGAAUGAAGUUGAAAUAUCCAACAAGGCUGGGUUCUCUAUCGCCCCAUACUUGAAAAAAGAAUGGGCAGGUCUAUGUAAAUCAUAUUUGAUUGAAGCUAAGUGGUAUCAUAGUGGAUACACUCCGACCUUUGAAGAAUACAUAGAGAAUGCAUGGAUAUCCAUAAGUGCACCUCUUAUGCUUAUUCAUGCUUACUUUGUUAUUCCACAUUCAUUCAAACAAGAAGACUUGGUUUGUUUAGAAGAAAACAACAACAUAAUUCGAUAUUCCUCAAUGAUUUUACGUCUAGCUAAUGAUCUUGGAACAACUAAACGUGAAAUUGAGACAGGUGAUAUUCCAAAGUCAAUUCAAUGUUAUAUGAACGAAAGUGGAACUACUGAAAUAGAGGCUCGUGAACAUGUAAAGUCUAUGAUGUGUACAAUUUGGAAAAAGAUGAAUAAAGAAGCUCAUAGUUCAUCUUUGUCUCAAAGUUUCAUAGAUAUUUCAGUAAAUCUUGGUAGAAUGGCAAUAUUCAUUUACCAGCAUGGAGAUGGCCAUACUAUUCAAGAUCCAGAAAUUCAGAAUCGUAUACAAUCAUUAAUUUGGACUCCCAUUCCUAUUGAUGGUUAAGCCAUUACUUGUGUGAUAUUUUAGCCAUCAUUGUAGCAAUUCAUUUUAAAAUUGAG